GCGACAGUUCUCAAACCGGAAAACAAGCCACAACAAACUACAAACUAUGACGCUGUUUGGAAACAUUUUUAGUGUUUUGUUGUGUUUGUUGUUCGGAUUUUCAUCCGGAUUUUCUUCAGAAACGGAUUCGCAUCAAACUCUGAGCCUGAGCGGCAAAUGGAGACUCUCAAACUCCAAUAAUUCACUGUCGCUGCCUGCAGAAGUGCCUGGAUGUGUUCACUCAGCUCUGCAGCAGCAGGGAUACAUCCAGGACCCGUAUAUCAGGUUCAAUGAUGUGUCUUAUCGGUGGAUCGCUCUUGACAACUGGACAUAUACAACCACAUUCACUGUGUCCACCCAGCUGAGGGCCAAACAGAAGGUGCUUCUUGUCUUUGACGGCGUCGACACUGUAGCAUCAAUCUCACUCAAUGGAAUCAUUGUGGGCAACACAGACAACAUGUUUCGCCGAUAUGACUUUCCGGUUAGAGACUUACUGAAGGACGGAGAUAACGUGCUGAAAGUUAGCUUGAUGUCUCCUGUUUUUUAUGCGUCUGAACGAAGGAAAGCUCAUUCUGCCUACAGAGUUCCUCCUGAAUGUCCUCCAGAUGUUCAGAAGGGGGAAUGUCACGUCAAUUUCAUCAGAAAAGAACAAAGCUCUUUCAGUUGGGACUGGGGGCCUUCGUUUCCCACGAUGGGACUGUGGAAAGGAGUUCAGCUGGAGGCGUUCGACGUGCUGCAGCUCAUCCAGGUUUCCUCUGUUCCUCUCUACAAUGUCAGCGUCUCUCAGUGGAGAGUCCAGAUUGAGCUGCUCGUUGAGGCGGUUCAGACAACAAAUGGGGAAGUCAUGCUCUCCGUACCCGAGCUGGUCUCAGAGCGGACGUUCCAGACACAGUUUCUCCCGGGAAAGACCAAGAACACCUUCACCUUACACAUCAACACGAGCAGCGAGGUGAAGCUGUGGUGGCCCAACGGACACGGUGAACAACCCUUUUACCGCAUCACCGUCACAGGCUCUCAGGACGGAUUUUCAAUACUGAACACAGAGUCAAAGGUGUAUUUCCGCACAGUGGAACUUGUCCAGGAGCCCGUUGUCGGGUCCCCGGGCCUGAGCUUUUAUUUCCGCAUCAAUGGGAAACCAGUUUUCCUCAAAGGCUCCAACUGGAUCCCAGCCCACUCCUUCCAGGACCAGGUCACCCCUGCCAUCUUAAGGAACUUGUUGCAGUCAGCAGUGGAUGCUAAUAUGAACGCCCUCAGGGUGUGGGGAGGAGGAGUGUAUGAACAGGAUCUGUUCUACAGCAUCUGUGAUGAGAUGGGAAUCAUGGUUUGGCAGGAUUUUAUGUUUGCCUGCGCUAUGUAUCCCACUGAGGACGACUUCAUACAAACAGUAAGAGAGGAGGUCAUUCAACAGGUUCGGCGCCUGAAGUCUCAUCCUUCCAUAAUAAUUUGGAGCGGAAACAAUGAAAACGAAGCCGCUCUGGCAACAGACUGGUUCAACAUCCCGAUUUCCCAGAAGCCUACAUACGUGAAAGACUACGUGACGCUGUACGUGAACAACAUAAGGGCGAUCGUUCAAGAGGAGGACCAGAGUCGCCCCUUUCUUGUCUCCAGUCCGACAAACGGGGCUGAGUCGGAGCAGGAGGGCUGGGUGGCGGCAAACCCCUACGACCCUCACUACGGGGACACGCAUUUCUACAGCUACACCGUGGACUGCUGGGAUUGGCGGACUUUCCCUCGAACCCGGUUCGCCUCUGAAUACGGCUUCCAGUCGUGGCCUUCCUUCUCCACUCUGCAGCCGGUUUCCAUUAAAGAAGACUGGAGCUACAGCAGUAAUUUCACUUCCCAUCGUCAGCACCAUGCGGAUGGGAACCAGCAGAUGUUACAGCAGGCUGCUUUGCACUUCCACCUGCCAAACUCCACAGAUCCCUUAAAAAGAUUUACAGAUACACUGUACCUCACUCAGGUCAUGCAGGCACAGUGUGUGAAGACUCAGACAGAAUUUUAUCGGCGGAGUCAGAGUGAGAUCAUCGAGGGCAAAGGUCACACCAUGGGUGCUCUUUACUGGCAGCUCAAUGAUAUUUGGCAGGCGCCUUCCUGGGCAUCAAUAGAGUUUGGUGGGAAGUGGAAAAUGCUGCAUCAUUUUGCAGAGAGCUUCUUUGCGGCCGUGCUGCCCGUCGGUUUCGAGGAUGACGACACGCUGCUCAUCUACGCUGUCUCAGACCUGAGUCAUGACCUGAAACUCAGGGCUGCGGUUUCUUUUUACUCGUGGAGCGAUCUGGAUCCUGUGUGCACGCUGAAGUCAGAGCUGCUUCUGGUACCCGGAGGCAGCGCCGUGCCUGUUUUCAAAAUGCCGGUCGCCGCCCUGCUGGCAGGAUGUGGCCCCUGCACCCGCCUCACCUGCCUGCUCACCUUCCACCUGGAGGACAGCAGCGGCCAGCAGGGACCCACCAACCACCACUUCCUCUGCUCACCCAAAGACGCUCAGGGGCUCCAGAGACCCAACAUUACAGCGAAGGUGCAGGAGGAUAAGACGGGAUACGCUGUUACCCUCCACUCUUCCUCUGUCGCUCCUUUCGUCUGGCUCGAUGUGGGAAACAUCCCGGGACGCUUCAGCUCUAACGGCUUCCUGAUGGUUUCUAGAAACAGGACAGUCAUUUUUAACGCGUGGCGUCCCACAAGCGUCACAGAACUCUCCAGAUCCCUCACCGUCACAUCUUUAAGGGACGUGUACUAACCUGAGUCAAACCAGCCUCCGUGUGGAGUUGUACCAAAGUGCAGAUGCAACAGAUGGACUAAUGUGGUCCCGUCUUGUAUCUUGACCGGCAUUCAGUCCUCACAGUGAGAUCGUUGGCUGCAUUCGUCCCUUUUAAAAGGGUCUGACUCUUGUUGGAUUUUGAAGGCCAGACAGAUGUUUUUUGACUGGUGAAGCUGGAACUUAGUGCCAAUUUUCUAAAUCUUUGAACUUGUUUUCUUGCCAAACAAAUGAGAAAGUUUAGGGGUUUUUUUCUUCUGAGCAGAAAAGCCUCUGAAAGAGCAAUUAACCAAUCACUGGGGACUGAAAAUGUCCAAAAAAAGGAAAUUAUUUUAGGUCGUUUAGCAGCUCUUAACAACAGGGUGUCCCACUGUAAUUAUUCACCAGCGUGAAGACCCUGAGACACACGAGGCCUUUACUGGAGCAUCAAUUAAUCAAGAACGGCUGGAUUGAUAUUGCUCUUUUAUCCAAAGAGAGGUUUCAGUUUCUUGGGACGCUUUGACCUGAGGAUCAAACGACCGACACUGUGAUUAAUGGACGACCUGCUCUACCUCCUACACACACACACACACACACACACACA